AUGAAACUUCUAUUGGAAUUGAGAACUCGCAAAGUGCCUAAGGUUGGCUAUCCAACAUUGGGCGGAUUUGCAGAGUUCGUAUCUGAAUUUGACAUGCAAGUGUUCUUGAGACUGGUAGUGCUUUUAGCCCUGCCAUGUUUGAAGGCGUUUUUAAAAUUUUUACUCCAGAUAUACCAACUAGCAUCUCGGGCAGGCCAAGACAAGAAGAUGCUCAGGAGUUCCCUUAGCUUCAUUAUGGAUCAGAUGCAUGAUGAAUUACUUAAGCUUGAAGGACAGCCCUCGAAGGAAAGACGAACUUUUUUUAAAGAAGGGUGGGUGACUAUCAAAGAGCAUUAUGUCAGGCCUCCAAGAUGGUGGAAAGAAUUUCAUCUUCAAGAUGGACGCAGACAUUAUAGUCAUCAAUUUGUACUGAAAUGCUGGAUUUGGAAUCAAAAUUUUGUUACUCUUCGUUGAGCCAGCAAUUUGUAUAUUGUAUUUCAAGGGAUAUGUAUAAUGCCAUAGUCUGACUGAAGUUGUAUUAAUUUAUGCCGAGCCGUCCUUAGCUUGGGGUGGCUAUCAUUAUCAGUAUAGAAUUCUGUAAGGGGAAAUGUCUGAUAUAAUCACUUUCUGCAGUUUUAUCUUGACAAUUUCUGUUUCUUUUCCCUUCUCUUUUCAAAUUGCGCAAGAAAAAGAAAAGC